AUAAAAUAAAUCGAAUUUCAAUUAAUCUAUCAUUUCAAUUGUUUAACUUAUCAGUUUUAUUCGAAAACGUCGAUUUAUCAAACCAAUAAUGUAUUUUUACAUUUUCAUCGUGAUGUAUCUAACUGGAAGUCUUUCAAACGCAAUUCUUUUCACUUUUCCACCUUUGGACGAGAAAUCGAAAUUGAAUUCUUUAGCAGUGACGCGUGCAAAUGUUUUGUUUCAUGAUUAUAAAUGUAAUGAUAAAGGUAUGGAAUUAAAAUAUUUUAAACGCCUAUGGAAUCUAUUUAAACCGAUACAUAAGUUGGAAGAUAUAGACAUUGAAACAUUAUUCAUUGAUGAAGUUAAAAAUAAAGAAGGAUUUAUGAAAUUGAGUCAAUUUUUACAUCAAACGCUUAAUAUUGUACAAAUAGUUGAGAGUAAAUUAAAAACUAUUUAUGAAAAAUAUCAGUACCAAGAUAAUAAGAUGACUAAAAAAAAUUUUUUUGAAGCCAUAAAAGAAUUUAAAAUUAUUAUCACAGAGGAUGACGCUAAUGAAAUGAUACCUGGAGAACAAGAUUUCAGCUUUACAGAAUUCAGACAACUGUUCGCGCAAUUAUAUCACCAUGAACUCAAUAAAAAAUUGAUGCAUAUGACUGAAGAUGGGAUCAUAAUUGUCUUGAAUCCUCAAGACGAAACUGAAAAGAAGAGAAGCUCCAUCCUUAUGCGUUCCAGCUCAAUUAAAGUACUAAAUGUUAAUUAAUAAAAUCAAAGGAAUCGAAUAACUAUACUUACAAAAAUGAAAAAUAUGCUAAUUUUAAUAUUUUCUCCUGAUAUUAAUCUGAAAACAAAGUGUAAAAAUAAAUGAAAUAACUUCAUUUAAUUGUAAUUAACUAAUUGAUCAUAAUUAAACGCAUACAAUAUUUUCUUUAUUUUACAUACAUUAGCAAUUAUUUUAUUU